AUGGCCACAUUCCUACGGCGCCCCGGUGGCCUUGCUCGGUACUCCAGAAGAGCCGCAGGGUAUACGGCCUUCUCACGCACACCGUUUUCAGCCUCCCUUCCUCAAUCCAGGCUCUCAGCUUUCAUUGUCGCAAACCGCUCCCGGCUAUACGCAACCAGCAGUACAGGCAGUUCCGAGCCCCCCAGAGAUAAAAAGAACGGAGAAAAGGACAUUGGGAAGCAGACAGAGAGCUCUACGCCUGGCCAAUCCGGUGAACCUCAAGCCAACAAAGACGCCCAAUCGAAAUAUGUCCUCAAUGCGGAACAACGAGCUGAGCUCGAUAAAAUCGUCGAUCAACUCAAGGUGAACCUACCCAAAUCACAGGCGAAGCUUCUUGACACAGCUGCGGAAGUCAUCAAACGUGAAGGCCUGCCGGAUGAAGUUAAGACAGCUCUGGAGGAAGUACGGGAAUCGAAACAUAUCAGCCUAUCUAAUGCUGCUAAACUUGUGCGAAUUCUCAAUAAGCACUCGGUGAAGUUAGCAUCUACUGUGGCUGAAGAACACUCCAAGAACACCUCUGAGGAGAAAGGCAAAGAAAGAGAAGCACCCAAAGAGGAAGAAUCCAAGGAGGACCCAUCAAGCAAGGCCAAAAAGGAACAGCGGAGCAAAAAUGAGAAAGAUCAGUCAAAGGGCCCUCAGUUUAAGAUAAUGGACUUCAAGUUCGAUGCCGGAAAUUUCUUGGUUGCCGCCUUCAUCUCGUAUUACGUCUACCGAAGUGUUUUCCCCGGCGAGUCAUCACGAGAUAUUACAUGGCAGGAAUUUAGGAAUACCUUCUUUGACAAGGGCCUAGUCGAAAAACUUACUGUUGUUAAUCGCAGUAAGGUACGAGUUGAAUUAGACCGGGAUGCCGUUGCUAAAAUAUACCCCGAAUCUCCUGCCACCAACGUCAACUUCCACUACUACUUCACAAUAGGCUCUGUAGAAGCCUUUGAGAGACGUCUAGACGACGCUCACAGAGAAUUGAAUAUCCCUAGCUCGGAACGAAUUCCAGUUGCAUAUGCUGAUGAGGUCCCAUGGCUAGCCACUUUGUUGUCCUUCGGCCCCACUUUACUCCUAAUCGGUUCAUUCUUUUGGCUAUCGAGAAGGGCUGGCGGUGCCGGCGGUGGUGGCCAGAGUGGAAUUUUUGGCAUUGGGAAGAGCCGUGCUAGGAAAUUCAACCACGAAACGGACGUGAAGACGAAAUUCUCUGAUGUCGCCGGCAUGGAUGAAGCCAAGGUAGAAAUCAUGGAAUUCGUCAGUUUCCUUAAAAAGCCGGAGCAGUUUCAAAGGCUAGGCGCAAAGAUACCUCGAGGAGCCAUCCUUUCUGGGCCUCCCGGUACUGGUAAAACCUUACUGGCAAAGGCAACUGCUGGUGAGUCUGCCGUCCCAUUCUACAGCGUAAGCGGCUCUGAAUUCGUGGAAAUGUUCGUCGGCGUUGGUCCAUCUCGUGUCCGUGACCUGUUUGCUACUGCCCGCAAAAACACUCCAUGCAUUAUCUUCAUCGACGAAAUCGACGCUAUCGGGAAAUCAAGAUCUAAAUCUAAUUUCGGAGGUGGAAAUGAUGAACGAGAAAGCACUCUUAACCAGAUUCUCACUGAAAUGGACGGGUUCAACACUUCGGAGCAAGUCGUUGUUUUAGCCGGUACAAACAGACCCGAUGUUCUGGACAAAGCCUUGAUGCGUCCUGGACGAUUUGACCGACAUAUUGCUAUCGACAAGCCUACCAUGGAUGGACGCAAACAAAUAUUUGGCGUCCAUUUGAAGAAGAUAGUCACAAAGGAGGAUAUUGAAUACUUGAAGGGGCGACUAGCUGCUCUGACUCCCGGUUUCUCUGGUGCUGAUAUUGCCAAUUGCGUCAACGAAGCUGCAUUGGUUGCUGCCCGCAUGCACGCUGAUCACGUUGUAAUGUCCCAUUUCGAGCAAGCUAUCGAAAGGGUAAUUGGAGGCUUGGAGAAAAAGUCACUUGUGCUGUCACCAGAAGAGAAACGUACAGUUGCUUACCAUGAAGCUGGCCACGCUAUAUGCGGUUGGUACUUCAAGUAUGCAGACCCACUCCUAAAGGUUUCAAUCAUUCCUCGUGGCCAAGGUGCUUUAGGCUAUGCUCAGUACCUCCCAGCACAAGGUGAUACGUACCUGAUGAACGUUCAUCAACUUAUGGACCGAAUGGCCAUGACACUUGGUGGACGAGUUAGUGAGGAGCUACAUUUCGAUACCGUGACAAGUGGUGCCAGCGACGACUUCAAUAAAGUUACUCGCCUAGCCACUGCUAUGGUUACUAAGUUUGGCAUGUCCCCGAAAAUUGGAACAGUAUAUUUUGAAGAGGACCAACAACAACUCCACAAACCAUUCUCGGAGGAGACAGCCCGAAAUAUUGAUAUGGAAGUUCGACGUCUUGUUGACGAAGCUUACAAACAAUGCCGGGAUCUUUUAACUGAAAAGAAAGCUGAAGUUGGCUUAGUUGCUGAGGAGCUCCUUUCCAAAGAAGUCCUUAGUCGCGAAGAUAUGAUCCGAUUGCUGGGCAAGCGGCCUUACCCAGAAUCAGGAGAAUUUGCCAAGUAUUUUGAUGGAGCUGGCGGGAAGAUACAGCCACCGCCGCCCGCAGAGACUCUUACUGAUGCCCCAAAAGUUGAUGAUGUCGAGGCUAAGGGUGACUCCCCUUCCUCACCCCCUACCUAA